UGCUGCGUGCACAGCAAAAAAAAUUGAAAAUAAACCCAAAUCAAUAUUUUCCAUCCACAAGAGCGCUCAGAUAAAAGACCCAGUGCGUCAAUCUACUCCUGCUCAGUCUCAGUCGUGGAGGUAGCUUCUAUACCAUGAAAGACUCUCCUCGAAAGUCUUCUGAGCAAGAGAGAGCCCCAGGCUAUGGAAUUCAGAUCAGCUAUCGCACCCUUUCCAUUCGCGUGGAAGAGAAGAACCUCCCCUCAAAGGCUAAGCAAUCCGCAGAUCCGGCAGAUGCUAUAGCUAGCAUCGACGUCCAUCUCCUCGCAACAGAUGAGGUCUACACUCGUUACUCUUGCCAUCCUACAGUUGGCCUCGAGCAGGCAGCAGUUCAACGAAGGUCCAAGGAUGGUAGGAAUGUCAUCAGCCCGCCCCCAACCCAACACUGGAAGAAGAUCCUUAACUACAUCUUCGGAGGCUUCAAUUUCCUCAUGUGGAUCGCUUUCAUCGUCACACUACUCUCGUACAAGCCUCUGGGAGAGCCUGACCCUGCCGCUGUCAAUCUCGGGGUUGCAGUUCUGCUCAUGCUCGUCAUCAUCAUCUCAGCAACGUUCUACGCCUGGGUGGACUGGAAUGCUAGUCGAAUCAUGAAAUCCAUCAAGUCUCUGAUUGCGCACGAAGCUGCCGUAAUUCGUGAUGGCAAGCAACAGCUUAUUCUUGCAACCGACAUCGUCGUCGGAGAUAUCGUGGUUCUCAGCACUGGUGAUCGAGUUCCUGCAGACCUGAGGAUCGUCGCGGCUUCAUCUGACUUGCGCAUUGACCGUUCGCUACUCACUGGAGAAAGUGAUAUGAUCCCGGGGUCUCUCGAAGCUACAUCUGAUAACGCCCUGGAGACACGCAAUCUUGCACUGACUUCGACCUUCGUCACACAGGGUACCUGUAAUGGUAUCGUGUUCGCCACUGGUGACAGGACCGUCAUGGGACGCCUUGUUAAAAUGUCUGGCGAGACAAAAUUCAAGCUUACAACAAUCCAAAAAGAGGUCUGGUUUUUCACCAAGGUCAUUUCCUCAAUCGCUUUUACGAUGUUUGGUCUAUCUUUACUGCUCUUCGGCGUGUGGUUGAGGACGACCUAUCCUGGAUAUGAUGCAAACAUCAGCAUCGCGAUCAUGAACUCGAUUGGUUGUCUUACGGCAUUUGUGCCUCAGGGUCUACCCGUUUGCGUUGCCCUUUCGUUGACUAUCAUUGCCCGUCGCAUGUCGAAACGGCACGUUCUUGUCAAGAAUCUCGCAACGAUUGAAACGCUUGGAUGCAUGUCCGUCUUGUGUUCAGACAAAACUGGUACUCUGACUGCCGGCAAGAUGGCGGUCGAAUCACUCGCCUUUUUGGAUCGCCAUAUUUUGAUUAGUGAAAUUGACGAGAAGAUCGGCGAAGCACCAGAUCCUCGGUUCUUCGCUGGCUUGAGCGCUUUGCACCAUACUGCACGGCUGUGUAACGGUGCAAAGUUCGACUCUACGACUGCUGACAAGCCUAUCCAGGAGCGAAACGUCAAAGGAGAUCCCACUGAUACCGCCUUACUUCGCUUUUCAGAGGCUCUGUCUAUCCCAGCUUUGAACAUUGAUACGCCAGCGCUGCUGUCAUCCUGGAGAAAGCUCUUCGAAAUUCCUUUCAAUUCAAAAAAUAAAUGGAUGCUUAGCGUCGUUCAGGAGACUGAAACGACCGAAGGGCAUAUCACUGAAAGGAACUCAACAGCAUGGAUGCUCGUCAAAGGCGCUCCAGACAUGCUGGUAAAAUCCUGCACCUCGGUGAUGAAAUCCGAUGGCACGGUUGUCCCGUUCGAUGAAGCGGCAAGGCAGCACAUGGGCGAUCUCCAAAGCAGUUGGUCGAGUGAAGGGCAGAGAGUGCUUGCCUUGUGUCGUAAGCCAUUGGACGCCUUGAAACCGAACCUUUCUCCAAAUGACAUGGAGGAAUUGAUGUACUCGGAAAUAUGCAAUCUCACUUUGGUCGGACUGGUCGGUAUCCGCGAUCCGCCCCGUCCUGACGUGCCCGCAAGUGUGGCUGUUAUCCGUCGUGCUGGUGUCAGGGUUUUCAUGGUGACCGGAGACUUCAAGCUCACUGCUGUUGCAAUCGCCCGCCAGGUCGGCAUCAUCACACAGCACAUCGUAGAUACCAUCGAUGAUGUCAAGGCCGCAGCGUCCGAGAAGCACUUCGCCGAUGUAUCACUACGUACUAUUAAACCUUCGGAAGAAGACCCUAUCCGUGCAUUGGUACUCACAGGCGAGGACGUCAGCACUCUCACUCCCAUUGACUGGAACGUAAUCGUCGGGCAAUACACUGAAAUCGCGUUUGCCCGCACUACGCCUGAUCAAAAGAUGAAGAUCGUCGAGGAAAUCAAGGCCCGCGGCGACAAUACUGUGGCUGUCACUGGUGACGGUGUCAACGAUGCACCCGCUCUCAAGGCCGCUGACAUUGGUGUUGCGAUGGGGAGCGGUAGCGAUGUCGCGAAAGAAGCUGCUGCAUUGAUCUUAUUGAACAACGACUUUGCGUCUAUCCCAGUGGCCAUUGAGAUGGGUCGUCUGGUAUUCGAUAACCUCAAGAAAGUGUCGCUUUACCUCAUGCCUGUUGGAAGUUACACAGAGUUCAUGGCAGUAGUCUCGAACGUCGUUUUUGGAAUGCAGAUUCCUUUGAGCUCCUAUCUACAAGUUUGUUUCUCCAUCACAAACGACGUGGUCAUGUCAAUCUCCUUGAUGUACGAGAAAGCUGAAGCAGAUCUCAUGAUGCGGAAACCUCGUAAUGCUAGAACCGACCGUCUUACAGAUUGGAAAUUGUUCUUCCAGAUCUACUUGUUCCUUGGGCUCAUGUCCUGGCCGUGCGCGAUGAGCAUGUGGUUUGUAUACAUGCGUCAGCAAGGCCUCGGAUUCAACGAUGUCUUCUUAGCCUAUAACAAGUGGACCGACGGCUAUCACGGCUACACAUUGGAUGAACUCAGCCAUUUUGUUUACGUCGGGCAGUGCAUUUACUACGUGACGAUGGUCUUCAUGCAAUACGGAAAUCUCCUCGCCAUCCGAAACCGGAGGGUUUCCUUGCUCCAGUCCAACCCUCUAUGGGGACCUCGCAGGAAUUAUGCAGUUCCGAUUGGCAUGGUCGCGACUGCCUUGAUUGCAGUAAUAAAUCUGUACGGACCAGGCUUACAGGGUGUCUUCUACACUACCCCUAUACCUGGAAUGUUCUGGGGCCCUCCGUUCGCCUUUGCCUUGGGAAUUCUCUGCGUAGACGAAACUCGCAAGUUGAUCGUGAGGACUUAUCCGAAGUCGAUCGUUGCUAAAAUGGCCUGGUAAACCUUUGGUGUCGAUUUGGUCUGUAAAUAUUUUAGAGUUGGUUGCCGCUUAUUUCACAGUUUUGCAAGUUAGUUUUUUGUACGUGGCGUGGUAAUGUGGAUAUGUAGUGACCAGCCAGUGACUCGGGUGUGAUAACUAGUGUAAUAACUAGUAUAAUAGUCUGUUGCGAGUCGCAUUGAGGUGGAAAGUUGACAUGGCUCAGUGUUCCCGGACCUACGAGUCACUUUUAGACUUUUUGGAGGAGCUAGAGAUGCUUGUACAGUAUAUAUAUGUAUAUCAAGAGUGAUAG